AUGGCACGAUCGAAGCUUCAGGUGCAUCUAUAUGACCAUUCAAAUGAUGCAACAUUCGUGUUCUUCAAUGGGGACAUAAUCUCAGGCGAAAUUAGUAUUCAUCCGGGAAACAAUAUCCUUUACUCCUAUCUGGUGAUCAUGCUUGAAGGUGUGACCACAAUCUCCAUGCAGCAUGAAAUGGGAAUCAAAAUCCAGAGCACUCAAACUUUUCUACGUCUCUCUCAGCAGAUGCAAGUCGAUUCUCCUGGAAAUAUCCCAUUUGCCUUUGUUAUCCCGUCAGCUCUGCCCAUUGAAACAUGCAGUCACGCUGUGUCCGAUCCACUGGUACGAUAUGCACACACAACAUUGCCUCCUUCUCUGGGAAAAGCUGCAGGUGCUACAGGAAGCAACAAGUCUGAUAUACUAACCCCAAAUGGGGUACAUAUUCGCUACUGCAUCAAGGCAAUGCUUCAACAUUGUCAGCAAGACAGGGAACCGGUGCUCAGCACCAGACGGGAAAUCUAUAUCAUUCCUACCCCUUCGUCAGAGAGGCCACCCCCCGCCUUUACUCCUACUAUCAGUUACUCGGAUAAAGCCACUCAACUAGCCCUGGAAAAGCACGGAUCCCCAAUAGAGGCCCAGGUCGUACGUAACAUCUUCCGGCAAAGAGAAGGCCGCCUCGUCAUUGAGAUCCUACAAUCGGACCCGCUUACCAUGCACCUUCAACGGCAACUACCUAGGGAGUCUACCAUCCCCCUUCGACUCCGGUACUAUUCAGCCUCCGGGAUCUGUCCUCGCUUGCAUCGUAUGACAAUAUCAAUGCGUGCCUUGACAUUCUUCGGUCAGUCUCCAAGUCCAGAUAUCUCCUAUCGAACCACAAGUCACCAAUCUAGCGUUUACAAGAAGACUCUACAAGUCGCCUCACAAGAUCUGUCUAGUGUGACAUGGGAGGCUGUCCCAUGUCCUACAGAAUCGGAACCAGAAAACAAGAUGACUUAUGAGGCCCUCGUUCCGGUGUCUUUUACUCUUCCUUCUGACAUACCUUUUGUACCCACCUUCCAUUCUUGUGUGGUGGGCCGAAGCUACGAGCUUGAGAUUCGAGUAUACUAUCAAGUUGGAAGAGAAUCGAUCUUUCCACGUCGGAUUUCGACCAUCGUGCCCCUGGUAAUCACGAUGAGUAACAGAUAG